AUGUCAACCUACAACAGUAGCAUUGAGAAUGAAAACUCAAGCUUUAUUAGUACGGUCUACAAUUAUGACUGGUCAUCAACUUUACUUGGCCCUAUGGAAUUAUGGGAUUCUUCUCUCAAAAACGCUGUGAACCUAUCCCUUCAAUCUGUAUUUCCCGCUUGUAUUUGUAUCUGUCCCAAUUGGACCUUUCUAUAUAAUGAAGCGUAUCUCCCAAUAUUAAAAACGAAACACCCAUAUGCAUUAGGAAAAACGGUUAAAGAAGUUUGGCCUGAAAUUUAUGAAAUUAUUUCUUCAGAAUUAGAAAGGCAAGUUGUUGUAAGAGUAACUGGAAAGGGCAUUUUUAAAAAGGAUGUAUUGUUCGAAUUACAACGUGAUGGGUAUAUAGAAGAAGCGUACUUUAAUUAUACAUUUAGUCCUAUUCUUAAAUCUGAUGGAACCGUUUGUGCUGUACUUACUUUUGCUCAAGAAAUUACUCAAAGAGUUUUGAUUGGUCGAAGAUUUAAAAUACUUGGCGAGUUUGGUUGUCGGGUUUCUGGUUAG